AAUCCGCCACACGUGGAUGAACAAAUGGAAAUUGACGAAGAAAAGCAUCAGGUUGUUGAGGGAAAACAUGUCCCAUUGCAAGAUGCCGUUCCGAAGAAUCCCAAUGAGCACGUUAUCCGCGAGCGCCAUGCCGAGAUCGUGUCUGGCGGCAAUGUCUUUUACAAUCCGGUGCAGGAAUUCAAUCGAGACCUGAGCAUCGCCGUUCUGAACGUCUACCAGCAGCGUCUGUCCAAGGAGCGAUGCGAGAAGGCGCUUAAAAAGCAACGCAAUCCGGUGCACGGCGAGGAGGAGGCUACUUCGCCGAUUCCUACGCCCGUAACGUACGUGGCAGGCACACAGUACGCCGAUGGAUUGCGGAUUCUGGAGGCUUUGGCUGCGACGGGACUGCGCAGUAUACGAUAUGCCCAGGAGAUAGCCGGCGUCCGUCAGAUAGUGGCCAACGAUCUGUCGCGUCAGGCCGUCCAGUCCAUCAACGCCAAUGUUCAGCACAACAAAGUGGAGUCGCUGAUCGAGGCCAGCCAUGCGGAUGCCAUGACGCUGAUGUAUCUGUCCACCGCUCAGGAGAAACGCUUCGAUGCCGUUGAUCUCGAUCCCUACGGCUGUCCGAAUCGCUUUCUAGACGGCGCCAUGCAGUGCCUGGUAGAUGGUGGCCUGCUCCUGGUCACGGCCACCGACAUGGCUGUGUUAGCCGGCAACGCACCGGAGGCCUGCUACGUGAAGUACGGAUCGGUGCCACUCCGGAUGAAGUGCUGCCACGAGAUGGCCCUGCGUAUCCUGCUGCACUGCAUAGAGAGUCAUGCGAACAGGCAUGGCAAGUACAUUGAGCCACUGCUGAGCGUCUCGGCGGACUUCUACGUGCGUAUCUUCGUGCGUGUGCAUGUGGGCCAGGCGCAGUGCAAGCUGUCCAUGAGCAAACAGUCCUGGCUGUAUCAGUGCACAGGCUGCGAUACGUACACGCUCCAGCCCCUGGGCAUCACCAAACCAAAUCCCACGGUCGGCAAUCCCCAGCAGCUUAAGUAUGGCAUCCCAACGGGUCCGGCGGUGAACUCCCAAUGCGAGCACUGCGGCCACAGGCACCACCUGGGCGGCCCAAUCUGGUCCGCACCCCUACACAACCCGGACUUUGUUAAGGACUUGCUCGAUGCAGUGCGGGAGACACCCCUAAGUGCGCUCGGCACACAACGACGCAUCGUGGGCGUCCUAUCCGUGGUUCAGGAAGAACUGUCCGAUGUCCCACUAUACUACACACCCGACAAGCUGUGCUCCGUGUUAAAGCUGGAGAUUGUGCCCAUGCUGAAGUUCAGAUCCGCCCUUUUGCAUGCCGGCUAUCGUGUGUCCUACUCACAUGCUUCGAAGAACUCGCUGAAAACAGAUGCCCCACCAUCCGUUCUGUGGGACAUUCUACGCUGCUGGAGCAAGCGACAUCCAGUGCGUCCGGAAAGGAUGAUUCCAGGUACUCCCUUGCAGGCCAUACUGUCGCAGCCCUGCUCCAGGGAUUACGAGUUCGACGAGCUGCAUGCCGCGGCCAAUCCAAAGAGUCGCCGCUCGGCGCUCUCACGCUUCCAAACCAACCCCGCGCCACACUGGGGCCCGGGCACAAGGGCUACCAUCAUGAUUGGAGAAAAUAAACUGCCAAAAAGCUAUCGCAACCAGAACAAGAAGCAGCGCCAUAAAACGUCACAGGAGGUAGUGGGGCCACAAGAGGGGGAACAGGUGGAAGCAGAUGAGGAGGUGGCAGAGGCACAUCUCCCCAAGCAGCCCAAGCUGGACGAAGCGACUGCGUGACGUUGCUUUAUGGGGCUGCUUCCUUGUCAAAAUUUAAUUUUCAAUAAAGUUAUACAACACAAUUCUUGCCUCCCCCUUUUGAUUGAAGGAGGAGGAGCUAAUAA